AUGAUGCUAGACAAACCUAAUAUCCUAAUGUAUGCCAAUACUAAUGUAUUUCCAAGUAAGAUCGAAUCUAAGAUUGAAGAUAGCGGUCGUAAAACCUUCAUUGACGAUAUUACCGCCCAUAUUAGGGGCCCUUUAAUACGAAAGACGAUGAUUGACCGAAAAUCCUGCUACCGUUGCGUCGUCAUUCACGAGAAGCACUCGAACGUCCUCCAGUACAAAGAAACAUACUGCCACAGCAGAAACUCCCUGUCAUCGCUGUGCUCGUACAUCACAGGAGAUGCCUUGCUCUAUUCGAUGUUCCGGGAGGAGGCGAUACCCGUGCCCUGCCCUUUCCGUGGACCCAUGACGUUCUCGUACAACCGUGGUCACGGGACCUGCUCUGUGCCAGUCAGCAAUGUCGACACCUGCACCGAUGAUAGCAGGCUGCUGUUCAGAUACCAGGCGUGCCCCGAUAUAUCGGCUUCCGAGAGCGCAGUCGAGGAGUUGGAGUGUCUGGCCACCUGGAAGGAGGGUAGCAGCCGCUACCUGGUCGGCCGUUUGCAUCACGGACACGCGUCCAGUAACGAAGAUCGAUACCGAUGCUUCGUCUACGAGAAGGCCGGGCAGACAGUGCAGAGCAAUCUGCACAGAGCUGCCAUGGGCAUAGGAGCCAUGGAUCACGAUGUCGGUUUGCAGAGUGGACCGGUGCCCGAGGGCGCGGCCGAGAUAUACCGGGUGGCGCAGAGCGGAGACGCCACUUGCAACGGAUUGUUCAGCCCGAUGGAAGGGUCUCGGACCAUGACGCUCAUGAAAGUGUCGCCACCUGGCCAGUGCCGAUUCCCUAAUUGGUUGACCGGCCAUUCCAGCGGUGGACUGACAUGGCACACCCUCGACCUCACCAGAUCUUACACGUUCCAUCCUCGGAACGCUUCCCUGCACGUGACCAGUUUGAACACCAGUUCCUCGAGAUUCGAAAGCGGUUCUCUGGACGGCCAAUACGUUCCUGGACAAGAGGAUCAAGAUGUGAAGAUCCUGUGCAACAGCAUCAAGCAAUCUAGCGUUGCUCAAGCGAUGACGAUGACCACGUUGGUCGCCCAUUUCACGGUUGGCUGCCGGAGCGGUUUCAUGUGCAUGACGUUCUAUCGAAGGGACGGCCACGUGAUAGAGGUGCAGACCGGAAGCGACGUCUCGAGGCCGGAAGAGGCUUGCAGCUCGCCCCAUUUCCAACAGCACAACAUACCCUUUCUCACCUUAGUCACAAGCUCCCCGGAGCCGCGUACGUGCCCAUACUUGGGCAAAUUUACGGUGACUGGGGUGAACCGGAACCAGCGGAACAUUCGUGAGAGCCGCAGGAGCCAGCACCAGGAAGGGGCUGUCGUGAGGCGUGACAGGGAGAAAGUUCGACACGCCCAGGAGCGUACCCAGGAAGAUCGACGGGGCCGGAAGCUCGACUUCGACGUGGAGAAACGCAGGGUGGCCAACAACGAGUACCUCGUCCACGAGCGUAUGGGCAGGCGCGCCAGGUCGAACCGCAACAAUCGAAACCAUAGGGAGCACAGCCCGGAGGAGGCAUCCUCGAAGAGGAGCCUGGACAUCGAGGAUUUGUUGCGAGAUCGUGCGAGAUCGAAGGUGAGAAGGUCCGAGGAGCAGGGCUCGAGGUCGAAGGUCAGAAGGGUGCGCGAGAUCGGAGUGAAGAGGUCGAGGAGAAAGAUGGAGGAUUUCGGGAUGGACGCGGACGAUUUCGCGCGAAUCAGGCAAUUCUGGACGACAGAUCUCGACGACAGUGACGGGUCGAGCAUGCUCGAGGUGCAGGAGGAUUAUUUCGGCGAUUACCCGGACACCGCCGACCUGCCCAAGAAGAGGUCGGGCAGGGGCGAGAAUAUUUUGACGAGGAGGAGGAGGAGGAGGAGGAGGAGGAGGAGAAACGUGGAGGAGCUGGAUUCCGGCAAUGGGUCGUUCGAAAAAAGGGAGAAGAGGGAGGAGGAUGUGUCUAGAUGCAGCUCGGAGGUUACCACCAUUACUAUUGGGUGCUCCACCGCGGAUAGAAUGGAAUUCCAGACGGAUUGCGUCGACGACAAUGCUAUUGCUUACUCCUGCCACGGUAGGUGGUUCGACGCCGAGGGAACCCAAUUCGUGAUCGCUACCCAACUGGCACCUGGAACUGGCUGGUCGAACGAGAACAACAGGCCCCAACCGUACAGGAACAGCCGUAGACUGUGCUUCAUGUACAAAGAGAGCGGCGGUGUUGUCAGUUUGACUGCCAGCGAGGUGGCCUGCCAGAGGGGAAUACCCCCACCCCCGCCAAUGUUGGCCUUCAAUGCUACCAGUACCGGUCAGUGUAUGGAAGAGAACCGGGGCUUCGUACCUACUCGAUCGACGUACCUGAUGAUCGUCACCCUGACGGCGAUCGUCGCGAUAUACAGGUGAUUCUAAUCGAACGGACGACGAUCUCGUGACGGUUAACAAAUUCGACGUUUCUAAUCUGCGUUAUUUGGACACCGUGUGGGUGACAAAACGAGGUGGUACACGUGUAUAAAAAAAAAAAUCUAUACAUAUAUAUAUAUAUAUAUAUAUUAUACAUACAUGAUCGCCUUCGACGCGAAUCACUGAACGAGAUCGGUCGAGCGUCCGAGCCACAAGCGACUAAAAGAGAGAGAGAAAAAAAAAAGGAAAAAAGAAAAACAAGAAGAACAAAAAAAAAGCGAACAAUCGAUACUUUGGCUUCGUACGCUCGUGUCCGUAGCUCUUGCUAGCCUCUCUGAUACGUCGGGAGAAAUUCAUGCUCGCACGACCACCGUGGAAGGAAUAUCUUGAAAAAAAACGAGAGAAAGAGAAAGAAGACAGACUUGUUUCCUAAGAGGGAUAGAGAGCGCCUGAAUCGAGGAACGAAAGAUAAAGUUGCCUAUAAUAAAGAGACAAGAAGAGAGGCAAACCUCCGAUUCCUUCCGUACGAGUGCUGCUACUCCUUCAGUCUGGCAAGAAAAUCAAGCAGACAGUGGAAGGGUGGAGGGUGGAUCCGAUCAAGAUGAACGGUUUACCGUUUCGAGAGGAAGGAAGAAAGGAAGGAAGGAAGGAAGGAAGGAAGGGAGUAUUAACCCUCGAAGGGAAUUUUUUUUUCCUUCUCUCUCUCAAGAAAGGGAAACCGCUUGUGCGUUCCUUCCAGGACGAUGUGAAAGAAGAGGAGGAGAGGAGGGUGAUCGUGAAUGAUCGAACGCGAAUUUCCCCUGGCCAGUAGGUUUUUUUACCGAUGUAGCUCGUAGGCACUAGCUAAUUAAAAAAAAAAAGAAAAAUCGGGUAAAGCUGACGAAACAGUAAUUACACAAGUUUUUAUGGUUAGAACCAUAUCACGAGCCGAGAUCACGGCGCGUCGAUCGAUCGGAUUCUUCUUUUGGCGAAACGAAAGUAAACAAAAAGAGGUAAAAUAACGAAGAAAAAGGAUCGAUUUAUCUAAGGGACGGAUGAGGGAGGGAGAGAAAUGCAGCGUCACGUUUUUAGUUAGUAAGACGAUCGACCGGCAGAGGUCGUUAUCUUUUAAGGUAGAGAAUACAUAGAGGAUAGGUUUAAUAUGGCGCGUAUAGGGGGAGGGGGGAGAGGUUACUCGGCAAAUGUUUUCUUUUACAACGUUCUCCUCUUUGCACGAGAAGGAAGUAUCUUAAGUGUGCACUGCGCGUGUAUUUUAUAUCGUUGGUGGGAAGAGGAUAUAUGGUGGAAAAUUUUUCGCCCGUUUCUCGAAGCAUCGAAGACUCGAGGUUAUUCAAUUUUCAAGAAUAAUUUUAAGUUUGGGUCGAAUAACGAUGAUUCGAUUAUGUAUAAGAUACGUAGAAUUGAAAAUUUUAUGUUAAGUAGAAAUGUAUCUGGGUACUGACAUAAGACGAUUAUUUGUGUUAAGUCUGUAUUUAUUUUUUUCAUGACGAAAGAUUAAUUACGUAUUGUAAACCAAUAGUUUAUUUUUCACGUGUAAUUGCACGUGUUGAAUAUUUAUUGCAAUG